AUGCCCAACGGAAAGAACGUCGUCUUCGACGUUGUCGGAACCCUCGUCUGCUAUGAUCGCAUCGUCCAAGCAGUCGACACUCGCCUUGGCGACCAACUGCGUGCCCUAACCAUCACCCCGUACCAUCUCGUCACCACCUGGAUCGAGAUCGCCGAGAGGGAAUACACCUAUCUCAGCGUUUCAAAGAACUACAUCCCCUUCGAUGAAUGUUUGCAGAAGCUCUUCUUCCGCACCCUUUGGAUGGCCGGCGUCAAGAACCCCAAGUCGUUCGCGACAACUGAUGAUCUCUCGUAUAUCAUGUCCGAGUACAUGCAUCUGGACAUGAGGCCUGACGCAGCCGACUGUGUGGCGAAGCUGCGCGAGGCGGGCUUCACCGUUUGGGCAUUGACGGCGGGCGACCGCGCGAGGGUGGGCAAAUACUUUGCUCAGGCGGGGAUUGAUAUGCCCGAGGAGAAUCUGCUGUCGUGCGAUAUGCAUGGCGUGGGGAAGCCGGAGCCGAUGGCUUAUAAGCCGCUCCUGGAGAGGCUGCUCGAGGAAAGGCGUCGGCCGUGGUUUGCUGCGGCGCACGCGUGGGAUGCGUCGGCUGCUCGUAGAACGGGGUUCAAGGCUGCGUAUUGUACAGUGCUGGAAGGGGACCCCGUUCCGGAGUUGUUUGGGGAGAUGCAUGUCACUGCGGGUACAUUGUCCGAGAUGGCGGAGAGGAUCAUUGCUGCAGACAUGGCAUGA